AUGGAUAGAUUUAUGGAUAUACGCCCCACCCUCGGCGGUCCGAGCGGCGCUAGCGAGCGGAGCGCGGGCGCCCCCGUCCCCUCUCCCCUCCCCCGCCCGGACCGCGGGGCCCGUCACGUGACCGCGCCCAGCCGAGGCAGCGGCGGCGGCGGCCAGAGCCGGAGCGGCAGUGGCCCGCGUGGAGCGCCGUCCGUCCCCUCGGGCCGGGUGGGCGACCGGGCCGCGCUCCGGCCGCCCCCCCGGCUUCCCGGCCUUGCUUCCCAGUCCCGCUUCUCCGUCCUCCUCGGAGUCCUGGGGCCGCGGCCCCGCCCCGCGCCUGGAGAGCUCCGAGGCGGCCCCGGCUGCAGCGGCGGCGCGCUCCGGGACGGCCGCCUCGCGGGGCUGCGUGCGCGCUCCGGCCUGGGCCGCACUGCCCCUUCCGCGGGCUCGGCUCGGGCGGCCAGUGAGCUCCCCUCCUGUUGCCCACGCCGGCCCGCGGGCGGUCUUCGGAGUGGCCUCCCGCGGCCGUGGGGCCAGGGGCGGGACAGGGUUAUGCUGGAGCCAGCUCUGUUGUCUUAAGCAGAUUGUUAGAUUUUCAGUAUGAAUAUUUACACCGCAGAAAUCAGCAAACUACAAAUCCGGACUUGAUUUCUUGUUUUGUCGAUUGUCUACUCCGGACUUAAAGUGAUGGAGAAAAUUCUGACAAUGCAGAUGAAACUUUAAAAGUACCAUGCACGAAUUCUUCCCUCCCC